GAAGGAACGUCUCGUAGUUUUGUACAAACAAAAUGGCGGCUGGAGGUGAAGUUGUAGCUAAAUAUGUCGGUCAUAAGGUGGCUAAAACACGCUGGAGUCCUCAACAACAAGGCUCUAUAGUGUCUUCAGAUACCUUUGCUACUGGAGGAUGGGAUGACGAGCCAUCCAAUAAAGUGUGUAUAUGGAGGAUAGAGGAUUCUGAAGAUGGACUGAAAGAGAAGGCUGGUCUGCCAAACGAACCAGUCUUGGUGUGUGAAACAGACCACAUUGGUGAUGUCUCAGAUUUACAGUUCUUGGACAGAGAAAGACUUAUUGUUGCAUCAUCUACUGGUACAGUUUCUCUAUAUCAUCACAACUUCCGUAAAAAGUCACUUCAUUUGCAUCAGUCUUGGGAUGCCCUCCAUUAUCUCGGCAAUCAAGGCUGUUCAUGCACAUGUAUUGCUGUCAAUAAAGGUACUACUGACAUGGUAACAGCAGGAGAAGAUGGUCGAAUUAAUAUGUUGUCAUUGGACAAAUCUCAUCCAGUCAGAACAAUAGAAUCAGCAGACAGCACCUCUAUCAACGGCAUAACAUAUGCAACAACCAAUGAAGUGAUUGGUGUUACAAUGAGUGGACAAGUCAAGUUAUGGGAUCUCCGGCAAGGAACUGACAAAGCAAGCAAAACCAUGUUGCUAUCAGGAGACAGGGUGCCCUUACUGUGUAUCGAUAAACACCCUACACAGCCACACCUACUAGCAGCAGGGGGCCAAGAUGGAGUACUUAGUAUAUGGGACAUGCGACGAGAGCAUUACCCUGUGACUUUACUGGAAGGACACAACUCAGAAUUGUGGGAAGUUAAAUUUCAUCCACAAAAACCAGACCAUUUAUUCAGCUGCUCACAAGAUGGUUCUCUAUGGCAAUGGGAUGGCACAUCCAUGGCUACAUCAUCACUCGCACCAAACCAAACCUUCAACCCAAACAUGACAGGCAAUCUUAGUAUGGUUAAUGGUAUGGAUACGUCAAUAUCAGCUGUCAGUCCAUGGCUGUCUGUCGACGCAACCAAACACCGCAUGGAAACCUUUUCUCUACUCUCAGAUAAUAGACUGUCAAUCAAUUCACUGGAUAUUGAGUCUCGGCAUCUGCUUUGUGGGUGUGACUGUGAAGCUAUUUUUGUUAUAUGUGACCUGAUUUUGAGGUAAAAUCUACUUUUCAUGGAGGGAAGGGAGAGCAUCCCAAAAGUCUAGAAUUUCCAUCCCCUCAACUCUUAGUAAAAUACCUGGCAUCCAUGCUUAGGUCAUGAGUCUGGAGAGCAAGAUUUACAUAAAUAUAUUACAUUUGUAAACAUUGAUAUCAAGUUUUUGCAGCGACCAUGUUGUAGUGCAAAUGUUUCCUGUUGAAAAUGCAUUACGUUGCCCUUGUUUACUAACAUCGCUGCUGAAAUCCCUCUAUAAAUCUUCUUAUUCCAUGAGGAAUGUUGUGUUUUUUGACUACAGGCUUAGCCUGGUUUAAGAGCAAAUCAUUCACUGAAGUCAACUGUAAUGUAAAGAAUGUAAAUCUUGAACAAUACCAUUGUAUUUAGAUCUCUCAAACUUUUAAUGCUAUCUAUAACUGACUGACUUAUAAAUGAGGCUAUACCUUUA